UGCUGAUAUUGAGAUUGUAUAUGAACGGAGACCGACGAAAGAACAAGCGGAAUUGGCCACCAGACUAAUGCUUCCUCAGACAUUCUUCUGUGACAAAAAUGAGCCAGUAGACCAAAGAGAUGAUGAUGAUGAUGAUGAUGAUGAUGAUGAUGAUGAUGAUGAUGAUGAUGAUGAAGAUUUUGAAAUGGCAGUGGGAUCUCUGAAUGGAAAUCUGUAUCCUGAUGUUCUUGUGCAAGGAGAUGCAGCAUGUCACGAUGCUAAUGUUAAUUUAGAAAAUCCCGGAGCUGCAAUGGAGAGUCAGAAUCACAGAUGGGAAGAGGAAUCCGAUGAUGAUGAUCUGUAUUCCGACAUUUACUGAAUUUACUGUCUGUGAUGUUCAUGAAAUACUCGCUUUACAUUAAACUUGAUUGUUUGAGAUGUUUGAUUAUACUAUGUCACUCUUUUAUCUGUUUUGUACAGCACUUUGUUUCAGCAGUAAACGUGCUUUAAAAAUAAACUUGAGUAAUCAUGUAGAUAUCCAUCACUUCCCUGAUGUAUACCGUCAAUCAGAAUGUAAAUAUGAUGUAUCUUUAGUGGUGUAUAACGCUUAGUGGAAAAACUGAGGAGACUUCUCAACUCAAUCUCAAAAGUAGUGAUUGAUUAAAUAAUACAGUGAUGUAAUCACCAAAAUGGUUUCAACAUUGACAACGUAAUAUUAUCAUUAUUAAUGUAAAAAAGUGACAGGGGGGUCACCAUCCCAGUGGGGAAAAUAUUUCUGUGUUUCAGAAGUUUGUGAGGUCACCUGAUCACAGUUUACAUGAUUGGAACAGGAAGGUUUUUUAAUUCCCAACUGGAAAGUGUCAUUUCUCUUAGGAAAUGUUUUUAAAACAUGUUCACGCUUUUGGUGCGGUCAGGGUAGCGGGAUAUUUUUAUUUUAUUGGGGUAAAAUGUGUUUCUAAAACAAAAUGUACUUUCAUAGUCACUAUACAGAAGAUGAAUAAAUGGGUUAACAAAGAGAUAGUUUAACAUUAGCUUAUCAAACAGGGUUAUGUGAUUAAAAUGCAACAGUGUCUCACAUUUCUUACUUUUAGUGUCUUUCUUAAAACAAUAUAUAC